CAAAACAAAGUUGGGAACUCCUUGUAGGAGUAUACAAAUGAGUGUGAAAAUGUCGGGUCGUGGAAAGGAAGGCAAGAGGUUGGGCACGGGAGGAGCGUAAAGGCACAAGAAGGUGCUCAGGGACAACAUCCAGGGCAUCACGAAGCCUGUUAUUCGGCGUCCGGCGAGACGAGGCAGUGGCAAGAGGAUCAGCGGUCUCAUCUGCGACGUGGCGUCCUUAAGAUCUUCCUCGAGAACGUUAUCCGUGACGCUGUCAUGUACACGGAGCACGCCCGUAGGACCGUCACUGCUAUAUGCCCUCAAGAGGCAGGGGAGGACGUUGUAUGACUUCGGUGGCUGAGAUGGUUAUUGGUUAGGUUUCUUGAGAGUUGUCAAUCGGCUUAAUUUUUCCUGUUGUAGUGGGUCUUAGGGUCUGUUAUAGUAUUCUCCUAUACGGGUACCGUAUUGCAUAGUGAAUGUUUCCGUGAUUCAAAACCUCCUUCACCGUCUAAAACCCUUAACAGAGAAUAGGACAUGGAGCAAGAUUGUAGUAAUUCUAAUAUUGAAGAAGAGGAAGAAGAAGGGAGAAGAAGAAUGGAGACGAGAGAGGAGCGGGGGGUUAGCUUAGGAGGAGAGGCAGAGGAGGAAGAUGUUGAGGGUUCUCCUUUCCGUCAACUUCAGAAUCUAAAAGCGGAACUAUGUUGUUCUGAUCCGUCUCAACAGUGUGAUGAAGAUAUUUCGGUCGAUGAGCUUAAAAUUUUGAGUGAAGAAGAAUUAGUGGAUAUGGCUAUGAAGGAAGUAUUUCAGCAUGACAAAGAGGACCUUGAAAAUCCUCUGCAACCUUCAGAAGAGCCGUCUUCCGCUGCAGAGAGAUCAAGCAAUCCUCCUUCGAUAACCGAAUGCGCUAAAGGUAACAACUCAAGGAAGAGAAAGAAAGAUAACAACUCAAGGAAAGAAAAGAAAACAAAGGAAAACAGUCAUGGCGUUGAGAGUAGUUAUACUGCAAAGGUGGAGCAAUUUGUGAAAGUCAAACAAAAGCAGGAUGAAGACAAAGCAGCAGCAAGACUGCAUUCAUUCAAUGCUAGUUGCAAGAUCAAUGAAUGUGCCAUUACACUAUCAGAAAGAACAGAAAGGAUGAAAUCUCUCCGGUUUACAAAUUCUGCAACAAAGGUGAAAUCAGCAAGCCUUGGGGAACACAUUGCUGUGCGGGAUUCAGAUGUUGUUCUUUCUGUUGAGGUUUACCAUAACUCACGGAAGUGGGUAAAGACUCAAGAAUUUUUGGUCCUAGGACGACAAAGGUUGACUGAACUGAGGGAUAAGAUCUAUUGUUUAACCGACCAGGUGAUGCAAAAGUCUGGGCAGUAUGAUCAUUCUGGAUAUUUUCUUGUAGAAGAUGUAUUCUAUAAUGAUUUGAGGGAUCCCUCUGCAAUAGAUUAUAGUGAACCUAUAUUUGAUUGGCUCAGAAACUCUAGGGGUGACGCUCUUAAAAAAUGGGAAUACAUUAUAACAGGGGAAUUACCACAGAAGCAGAAAGCAAUUAUAGGUGAUAAUGUUACAGGCCUUCAAUUGCCUCAGUUCAAAGCUGUUGACAUGCACGGGAUAGGGUUUUGUGACUUGGGAUUUCGACUUGGUGUUGGAUAUCUCUACUGUCACCAGGGAGACUGCAAGCAUACAAUCGUUAUAAGAGACAUGAGAUUAGUUCAUCCAGAGGACGAGCGCAAUCAAGCUAGUUAUCCAAUAGUCGUAUUUCAAUUAAAAUUUCGUGUAAAGAAAUGCGAUGUCUGUAAUAUAUGUAGAGCUGCAAAUGUGACGGUUGAUGACAAGUUGGCCCCGGAGAACCCGUGCUAUUUUUGUAGAGACUGUUAUUUUCUUCUUCACUAUGGAAAGGAUGAGUCUCUACUGUAUAGUGACUUCUCAGUAUAUGAUUAUCAACAUGAUUAAUGCUGAUUUUCAGCUGAAGGUCAACCUCUAUUUGUUGCAUUAAGAAAAGUAGUUAAGAUA